AUGGAAUCUUACGCUACUGAUUUUUUCGUAGUAAACCGUUGGAUGCUCAGAUGUGCUGGAUUAUGGAGACCUCAAUCGAAAAGCAAACAGCUACAAUUCUGCUAUACUAUUUACGCAAUAACAGUUUUUCUGUUUGUUAAUAUUUGGUUCACAUUUACGGAAUUCGUUUCGCUUUUUUACACUUACAAAAACGAAUACGAGCUGAUUAAGAAUGUUAACUUUUUCUUGACGCAUUUUAUGGGCGCUCUGAAGGUGAUUUUUUGGUACGUUUAUGGACAUAAUUUAAUAGAAAUUAUGGAUACUUUGGAAGAUACGAAAUUACAUUAUGAAAGUCACAUGUAUUUUCAACCUGGUAGAAUCUCCCGAUUGUACAAAAGAGAAGGCCAGAAAUACUCAUUACUAUUUCUAUCGUUGGCUCAUGCCACAUUGAUAUCCUCGUACAUGCCGCCAAUUAUUACUGCAGCACACUAUAUGAAAACCAAGGGACACCAAGGAAACUCUACAGUUUCCUUACCAAGUGCUUUGCCUUAUUACAGCUGGAUGCCAUUUUCUUAUGACACUGGUCCAAUGUAUUUGUUAGCUCUUGCUUAUCAAGCAGGUCCCAUGUUUUCAUAUGCCUACAGUAUCGUGGGCAUGGACACACUAUUUAUGAACAUAAUGAAUUGCGUAGCUGGAAAUGUGACGCUUAUACAAGGAGCUUUUCUAACAUUACGCGAAAGAUCUGUUGGCAAACCUAUAAAUAUUUACGAAACUAUUUACGAGAAUAAAGCCGAUAUGGAUGCAAUGAGAAUGGAAAUGAGAAAAGUAAUAAAGCAUUUGCAAACUACUUUCGGGGUUUGUGAUAAAUUAGAAAACGUUUAUCGUUACGUGACCCUUUGUCAGGUUACUGCUACUCUAUUUAUUUUGUGUACCUGUUUGUAUUUGGUUUCUAUUGCACCACCUUUAAGUAAACAAUUUAUUGUCGAAUGCGUUUAUAUGGCUGCAAUGUUUUUUCAAUUAUUCUUGUAUUGCUGGUUUGGAAAUGAAGCAACUCUAAAGGGACCCCUGACUGCACCCUUUAUGAUGAGGAAUAGGUUGCCAAUUUGUUUGCCAAACAGUUUCAGAGUGUUUUCACAAGGGAAGGUUUAAGUCAUAUGCCCACUUUGGAUUCUGUUACAUUCUGUACUUUUUACACCUGAGAAAUUGGAGACUGCACUCAAAUCAGUGAAGCCAGAUUCUAGUGCAGAAGA